AUGGCUUCGACCGCGGCGCUGGCAGGUCUGGCGGCGAACUUGCACGGCCCCCGGGUCGUCGUCCGGAGCCCGGACACGGACUCUGACACUGACUCGGAGGAGCCGAGCCUCCGGCGCAGCGCUGGUGGCCGGUUACGCUCGCAGGUCAUCCACAGCGGUCACUUCAUGGUGUCGUCCCCACACAGAGACUCGCUGACCCGGCGGCGCGACCUGGAAGGACCCGUGGGGCUCGCUGACUUCGGACCACGCAGCAUCGACCCCACACUCACCCACCUCUUUGAGUGCAUGAGCCUGGCCUACAGUGGCAAGCUGGUCUCUCCAAAGUGGAAGAAUUUCAAAGGCCUCAAGCUGCUCUGCCGAGACAAGAUCCGCCUCAACAAUGCCAUCUGGAGGGCCUGGUAUAUCCAGUAUGUGGAGCGGAGAAAGAGCCCCGUGUGUGGCUUCGUGACACCCCUGCAGGGGCCUGAGGCUGAUGAACACCGGAAACCAGAGGCCGUCAUCCUGGAGGGCAAUUACUGGAAGCGGCGCAUCGAGGUGGUGAUGCGCGAGUACCACAAGUGGCGCAUCUACUACAAGAAGCGGCUCCGUAAGUCCAGCAGGGAAGGUGAUCUCCUGUCCACUAAACAGGCCCAGGGGGCAUGGCAGCCUUCGGAGCUAUGGUGCAAUCAGCUCUUCUCCAGCGUGGUACCCGUCCUGCUGAGGGACCCGGAGGAGGAACCCGGAGGGCGGCAGCUCCUGGACCUCGAUUGCUUCUUGUCGGACAUUUCUGAUACCCUCUUCACCAUGACUCAGCCCAACCCCACACCCCUGCAGCUGCCCCCAGAGGAUGCUUACGUUGGCAACGCUGACAUGAUCCAGCCAGACCUGGCGCCCCUGCACCCCAGCCUGGACGACUUCAUGGAGAUCUCAGAUUUCUUCAGCAAUUACCGCCCUCCACAGACACCCAUACCUACAAAUUUCCCAGAGCUCCUGGGCGUGAACCCCAUGGCCGACUCCCUCUUCAGCAGCGGGGUCCUGAGCCCGGAGGUGCCUCCCACUUCCCUGCCGGGCCUGGCCCACCUCUCAGGCACCCGCCUGCAGACUCAAAACAGUUGCCUUGGCCCCUUGGACUCCACUGCCUACCUGAACAACGACUUCUUCCUUCCUGAAGAUCACAAGCCCAAGCACCCACACUCUACCACCUCCCCUUCUCCCCUCCACUACUCUAACCCAACCAAGGUGCUAGGCCCGGAGCCCCGCCCCCCACCCCUCUUCCCUUCCAUGGCUCCACCGCCUUCUUUGCUUCCAGAUGAGUCACUGUUUUCUCCCAGGUUCCCAUUCUCUGUUGCCCCUCCUGUCACCGGAGUGUCCCAGCUUCCUGCUCCCACAGCGUUCCCACCCAGCCCACAGCCUGGCUCCCGCCCCACGUCAGCCGCCUUCCCUCUAGACCUUUUGCCCUCUCUGUACCCGGAGCCUGCAUUUGGGCCUCGUUUUGCAACGCCACCCCGGGGCAUUCGGCCCAGAGACAGGUCCCCCACCCCAUGCCCUAAAGGUCGAAAGCCCAAACCUACCACCUUGGCCCAGGCCACUCCUAGCCCCACGGUCAUUGCUGCUCCCGGAGGCACCAACCCCUGCCUCACACAGUUGCUGACUGCAGACAAGCCUGAGCAAGCUCUGGAACCACCACUGGUGUCCAAUACCCUCUUCCUGCCCCCAAAGUCCCCGGAGACCGUCCCUGAAUUCCCCUGCACCUUCUUUCCCCCAACCCUGACCCCAUCACUGCCCCGGCCACCUCCAGUUCCAGCCACACUGGCCCGUCCAAGGCCCUUGAUUGUCCCCAAAGCGGAGCGGCUCUCACCCCCAGCGCCCAGCGGCAGUGAGCGGAGACUGUCAGGAGAACUCAGCUUGGUCCCAGGUCCGGGAACUCUGAGCAUCUGCGUCUCCCCUACUCAACACAUCCUAAGCCAGGGGCGUCCAGAUAACAACAAGACAGAGAACCGGCGUAUCACACACAUCUCCGCAGAGCAGAAACGCCGCUUCAAUAUCAAGCUAGGGUUUGACACUCUGCAUGGGCUGGUGAGCACGCUCAGUGCCCAGCCCAGCCUCAAGGUGAGCAAAGCAACCACACUUCAGAAGACGGCUGAGUACAUUUCCAUGCUGCAGCAAGAACGGGCCACCUUACAGGAGGAGGCGCAAUUGCUGCGGGACCAGAUCGAGGCACUCAACGCAGACAUUAACCUCUGCCAGCAGCAGCUGCCCGCCACCGGGGUUCCCAUCACACACCAGCGCUUUGACCAGAUGCGUGACAUGUUCGAUGAGUACGUCAAGACCCGAACGCUGCAUAAUUGGAAGUUCUGGGUGUUCAGCAUCCUCAUCCGGCCUCUGUUUGAAUCCUUCAACGGGAUGGUGUCCACGGCAAGCCUGCAGAGCCUCCGCCAGACCUCGCUCUCCUGGCUGGACCAAUACUGUUCUCUGCCUGUCCUCCGGCCAACUGUCCUGAACUCUCUACGCCAGCUAAGCACGUCUACCUGUAUCCUUACAGACCCCGACUGUAUACCUGAGCAAGCCACACGGGCAGUCACAGAGGGCACCCUGGGCAAACCUCUAUAA